UGAUUCAAGGGAUCAAGAAUAUUGUGUUUUUGUAAGCUACAAGGAUAUUGUGUUGAAAACUGACACUCUCUAACAAUGGGUGAAGAGGCCACUAAACUAGGAAAUAACAUGAACACAAAGAGUCUGGAGCUCGUUGAUAGAAAAAAAGCAUCAGUUGUGUGUGUGGUAGAGCAGCUGCAGACAGAUACUCAAGAAUCUUGCAGCCAGAUACCAGUGCCUUUCUUAACAUGUAAAACAACUUCAGCUGAGGAUCAAGCAGAGUCUGCAUUAUUUGAUAUGCUAGCAGAAUUUCAAAAGCUGAUCCACCAUCGCCUUUACUUCAGUCCUCGCUUGGAGUACCUAUAUGCUACACAGAUGGCAGCUUUAAUUGGCAGAAUGUCGACCUGUUGGAUUCAGCUGAGGACAGUGGAACUACUAUGAGAGAAGGCACACAUGGCUUUUCUGAUAUGUGAGGUGAGAGAGAUCACGAAAACAGGUCACUAUAGUAAUGAUAAUAUUACUAAUAAUGAUAAUAGUAGUAGUAGUGGGCUGAGUAUUUUGGG